GCCUUUUACGGCGUCGUAAAGCAGCUCGUCCGAGCUGACGGCUGCAGUUCCCGGUGAGACCCCCCAGCCGCCCGCGCCCCCUACCCGCGCCGGGCGGUGUCUGCUCCGACCUCUCCCCGCGGGCCUAUAGGUCCUGGGCCAGGAUUUCGGCGUCCACGAUCCCCGGACCGCCCGCUCCGGCCCACCCAGGGGACCGCAAGGAGGGGCAGCGGCGGCAUGGAGGCGCGCUUCACGCGCGGGAAGUCAGCACUGCUGGAGCGCGCGCUGGCGCGGCCGCGCACGGAGGUGAGCCUGAGCGCCUUUGCGCUGCUCUUCUCAGAGUUGGUGCAGCACUGCCAGAGCCGCGUCUUCUCCGUGGCGGAGCUGCAGGCACGCCUGGCCGCACUGGGCCGCCAGGUGGGCGCUCGCGUUCUGGAUGCGCUGGUGGCUCGCGAAAAAGGUGCUCGGCGCGAGACCAAGGUGCUGGGCGCCCUGCUCUUCGUAAAGGGCGCUGUGUGGAAGGCACUCUUUGGCAAGGAGGCUGACAAGCUGGAGCAGGCCAAUGACGAUGCGCGAACCUUCUACAUAAUCGAGCGGGAACCACUCAUCAACACCUACAUUUCGGUACCCAAGGAAAACAGCACACUCAACUGUGCCAGCUUCACGGCGGGCAUUGUGGAGGCAGUGCUCACACACAGCGGCUUCCCCGCCAAGGUCACGGCGCAUUGGCACAAGGGCACCACACUCAUGAUCAAAUUCGAGGAGGCUGUCAUCGCUCGAGACCGGGCACUGGAGGGCCGUUGAUCCCAUCGGAGAUAAAGGAUGAGAGAACCCCUUU